CCCACAAUACAUUGCAAAGCUCAUGUUGAGUACGCGAGUUGUGCUUAGAAGGCAUGUAUGGCAAUGUCACUUAUGUAGCUACAUGACAACGAGAAGUAGCCUAAGUCGAUGCAGGAGUGUCAUGUGGAAGAGUUUGUUUGUCUUUUGUUGACUGACGCUGAUAUCUAACAGACCGUUCAAUAGCAUGCCCGCAGAAAUAACAAUAUCAUGCCAUUAAGUUAACUUCAUAAGAGCUAGCCACACGUCACCUCAGCUAGUCAUGUAUUCGGCUGCAUUGAGCACUCGGGUAUGCCUCGGAGCACUACGCAUGGGAAACAAAGAAUAUUUUCAUUUCGGCUUUGCAUUACCUUCCACAGCUGCCCGUAUUUUGUCAACCGCGCCGCUUCUUCUGAAAGAUCUUGACAAACCAUUGAAACAGUGGACGUUUGAAGUCAGCCCUUUUAGCAAAGUUAACGUGAAGCUUCGAUGUGACUUGUCUGUGCGUCCCUUGGAUCCUCAUGAUUUUCCUGAAGCUGACCGGGCAUUUAUCUCGGUCCAUGGCACAAAUGUGGACCAUGAGUUUAACCUGGAUAAUUUGCAUGUUCAUUAUAGUGAUCAAAACAAAGAACUACUCAUUCACGGUGAUAAAGUGACCAGCAAUGUAACUGUUGAACUAACUACGCCAAUUAAAAGCGACCUCUUCAUCACAACUAGUGGAGAAGGAAAUGUGAACAUCCAGAAGAUGGAAAGUGAUGUUUGCAAAGUACAGACAGAGAGAGGAAACUGCAUCUUGACAUCUCUAAGGAGUCACCAAGUGAAGGUGCUGUCAGCAGGGGGAAACAUCACAGGUUUUGGCACCAUCCAUGGCAAUGUGGAUGUCUGUGCAAAAGAAGGCAGUGAGGUGGACAUUAAAAAGAUCCAAGGGUCCUUCAUGAAUGUCUCAACAGAACGAGGUCAGCUGAAGGUCAAAGCUAUCUAUGCAGAGUCCUCCAAAGUGUCAUCUUCAUCAGGGGAAAUUCAGUUGGGGCAUAUCCAUGGUGAGGCCAACGUACAGAGCGAAAUGGGAAAUGUGAGAGUCGAUUCCUCAAGUGGUGCUUUGAAAAUCUCGACUGCAAGUGGGAAUAUCGAUACAUAUGUUGGAGAUGUGGGAUCGGCAGACCUCACAACUCUGCAAGGCUCUGUGUCAGUGCGGGUUCCUGCCUCUAUGAAAGCAGGAGUUCAGUUGUCUGGAGCUUCUGUAGAGAUCAGUCCAGAGAUAAAGCUGCAUGCGGCUCAACACGACUGCUCAGACAGCGGUACAACUGUCAGCGGUUAUCUGAAUGGCCCAUCGGCCGGGGAUCAAUGGAUUAAAGUCAAGGCCGACGAAGGGACCAUCAGCCUGAGAGCUCAGAGUUGGUUUGAGUCUCUGAGGCUUGGGAAGUAAAUAUGUCCACCCCUACACUGGUCUCUGCCAGAUGCACUGUACAAGGCUUAUUUUAUUAUGUUUUUUUUUUACAUUUCAUUUACAAGUCAUCAAAAAUGUAAUACAAAUUGUGCAGAAACCGUAUGCUUCAUUUAAUGUAAAAAUAUACAUAUUCCACUGUAUUUAUGUUGCUGCUGUAAGUACUAUGUAUAUCACAAAUGUGUAAGAACAUGAAGGGGUAGCACUCCUAAGAGCAGAAGUCCGACACAAUAAAGAAAUGCUAUUGCUACUA